UUGCUGUGGUUACCUGUGACGCAACAGUGGGCGGGGCCUGCAGGACCACGUGUGCAGUAUAAACGGCCCUUGCGCUUCAUCAGUCAGCAGUCAGAGCUGCAACGGUACCGGGACCAGAACCGGGUUGUUUAUCUGCUUCGUGUUUUUCCGGAUUCCCGUUGCGGGACCAGGAUGGCCGUGACGGAGGCGGGAUGUGACCUGACCUACUGCAAGAUGCGGGGGAUCGUCGCAGUUCUCACCGCUUUCAUCAAGGAGAGGAAGAUGGGUCUGAAUGACUUCAUCCAGAAGCUGGUCUCCACUCCACACAUCUGCCAGCACAUCGAGGUGAACAACUUCCUGAAGAUCGAUCAGAACCAGGACCAGAACCAGGAGGCAGCAGGAGAAAGUCCAAUGUUUGGGACCCCCCGUGGAUCGCUGGCAGAAGAAACUCAGAUCAAACCUUCUGACUUCGACUACCUCAGAAUCAUCGGCAAAGGCAGCUUUGGGAAGGUCCUCCUGGCUCGGCACAAGGAGACCACCAGGUACUUUGCUGUCAAGGUGCUGCAGAAGAAAAUCAUUCUGAAGAAGAAGGAGCAAAAGCACAUCAUGGCUGAGCGCAGCGUCCUGAUGAAGAACAUCAAGCACCCGUUCCUGGUGGGACUCCACUGCUCCUUCCAGACGGUGGACAAGCUCUACUUCGUCCUGGACUUUGUGAACGGGGGCGAGCUCUUCUACCACCUUCAGAGAGAACGGGUCUUCCUGGAGCCCAGGGCCCGGUUCUAUGCUGCUGAAAUCGCCAGUGCUCUGGGUUACCUGCACUCGCUGCACAUUGUGUACAGGGACCUGAAGCCUGAGAACAUCCUUCUGGACUCACAGGGUCACGUUGUCCUGACAGACUUUGGACUGUGUAAAGAAGGACUUGAGCCCACCGGAACCACAACAACAUUCUGUGGGACUCCUGAGUAUUUGGCUCCAGAGGUUCUGCAGAAGCAGGCGUAUGACCGCACAGUGGACUGGUGGUGCCUCGGGUCAGUGCUCUAUGAGAUGCUGUACGGACUGCCUCCCUUCUACAGCCGGAACACAGCGGAGAUGUACAACAACAUCCUGCACCAAACUCCAGUUCUGAAGCCCAAUGUCUCCAACGCAGGCCGGGAGCUGCUGGAGGGGCUCCUGCAGAAGGACCGCACCAGACGGCUCGGAGCCAAAGACGACUUUCUGGAACUCAAGUACCACUCUUUCUUCUCUCCGGUCAGCUGGGAGGAGCUGAUGGCGAAGAAGAUCCCACCUCCGUUUGUCCCGUCUGUGUCCAGUCCCACUGACCUGAGGCACUUCGACCCGGAGUUCACCCACCUGCCUGUGUCCUCGUCUCUGUGCAGCGACUCCAUGGCAGUGACCAGCAGCAUGAAGGAAGCAGCCGGAGCAUUCCCAGGAUUUUCUUACGGACCGCCGGAGGAACAAUCCUUCAUGUGAGCAACCCCGUCUCGGUCCCAGGAAGGGACAGGAACCAGAAGUCUGGACUCUGAGACAUGGACCUCAGCGCAGCAGCUUGUGGGUAGUCCAGCACCACAGGUCCAGUCAGCCUGAACCAUCAAGAUCAAUAAGACGUGCCAAGUGUGGAGCAGAUCCAGGAUGAUAGAACCUGCUGGUGCUGGUUCUGGAGCCCCCAGCUGCUAGAGUGGGAUAUGAAGUGCCUAAAGCAGGAACUGGUCCAGGUGGCAGAGCUGUCCUCAAAGAACGUGCUCCAGUAGUUUGGACCUCUGAGUCGAUGCCUUCUUUGUUUAGUCUGUUGGUUUAAUGUGGAAACGAGUUCUGUGACCCGUUUGUCUUCACCAGAACCUGUUAUGGUUUAACUGGGAUUGUCCUCCAUCAUCCAAUCACACAGAACCAAAGGUCAUCAAAGGUCAUGGGUUCUGUCUCAUCAGCUGUUCCUGACAACCAAUCGGCACCACCUAAAGGUUACCGCUAGUUCUGUUGGCCAGGAGAACCGGGCCUUGGAGCAGAUGUUCCAGACAUUAUUUUGGCCAGUUCUGAUAAAUUCUCAGAAUUUAUGGAAUCAAACACGCGGUUCCGAAUCAGUGAUGUCAUGUACUUGUUUAUGUGUAAAUCAGCUGUUUAACGAGUCAGCUGACCUGGAAUCGGUCAGAAACAAAGUCUGUGAUCAGCUGUUUAACAAGUCAGCUGACCUGGAAUCGGUCAGAAACAAAGUCUGUGAUCAGCUGUUUAACAAGUCAGCUGACCUGGAAUCGGUCAGAAACAAAGUCUGUGAUCAGCUGUUUAACAAGUCAGCUGACCUGGAAUCGGUCAGAAAUAAAGUCUGUAAAUGAGCUGUUUAACGAGUCAGCUGACCUGGAAUCAGUCAGAAACAAAGUCUGUAAAUCAGCUGUUUAUCGAGUCAGCUGACCUGGAAUCGGUCAGAAACAAAGUCUGUGAUCAGCUGUUUAACAAGUCAGCUGACCUGGAAUCGGUCAGAAACAAAGUCUGUGAUCAGCUGUUUAACAAGUCAGCUGACCUGGAAUCGGUCAGAAACAAAGUCUGUAAAUCAGCUGUUUAUCGAGUCAGCUGACCUGGAAUCGGUCAGAAACAAAGUCUGUGAUCAGCUGUUUAACAAGUCAGCUGACCUGGAAUCGGUCAGAAACAAAGUCUGUAAAUCAGCUGUUUAACGAGUCAGCUGACCUGGAAUCAGUCAGAAACAAAGUCUGUAAAUCAGCUGUUUAACGAGUCAGCUGACCUGGAAUCGGUCAGAAACAAAGUCUGUAAAUCAGCUGUUUAUCGAGUCAGCUGACCUGGAAUCAGUCAGAAACAAAGUCUGUGAUCAGCUGUUUAACAAGUCAGCUGACCUGGAAUCGGUCAGAAAUAAAGUCUGUAAAUCAGCUGUUUAACGAGUCAGCUGACCUGGAAUCAGUCAGAAACAAAGUCUGUAAAUCAGCUGUUUAUCGAGUCAGCUGACCUGGAAUCGGUCAGAAACAAAGUCUGUAAAUCAGCUGUUUAUCGAGUCAGCUGACCUGGAAUCGGUCAGAAAUAAAGUCUGUAAAUCAGCUGUUUAACGAGUCAGCUGACCUGGUAUCGGUCAGAAACAAAGUCUGUAAAUCAGCUGUUUAACGAGUCAGCUGACCUGGAAUCGGUCAGAAACAAAGUCUGUAAAUCAGCUGUUUAACGAGUCACCUGACCUGGAAUCGGUCAGAAAUAAAGUCUGUAAAUCAGCUGUUUAUCGAGUCAGAUGACCUGCAAUCGGUCAGAAAUAAAGUCUGUAAAUCAGCUGUUUAUCGAGUCAGCUGACCUGGAAUCGGUGAGAAACACAAAUAAAGUCUGUGAUCAGCUGCUUAACAAGUCAGCUGACCUGGAAUCGGUC